CUCUCAAUUUUUUUUUUCUUCCCUGUGCUGAAAAAAGAACAAGUGGACAGCGAAACAGAAGUCCACAUCCAGCCAUGGAGGCUACUUCUGAGAAAAUUCCCAUUGCCCUGGCCGGACCAGAGGACCUGCAACAACUCAUGCCACCAGCAUACACGGCAUUGACCGUAAAACCGUCGAGUUCUGCCCGUUUGCUGAAAGUCGGUGUGGCUGCGCUGACCGUCGGAGCCGCGCUGCUGCUGUUUGGAGCCGUGGGAGCGUUUUACUUCUGGAAUGUCAACGACAAGCACGUGUACAAUGUGCACUACAGCAUGAGCAUCAAUGGUAAAGUGGAGGAGGGCUCCAUGGAGAUCGACACACUGAACAACCUGGAGAGAUUCACAACAGGAAGUGGAAAUGAUGAAGCUGUUGAAGUCCAUGAUUUUCAGAUUGGAGUUACUGGCAUCCGCUUUGCCGGAGGAGAAAAAUGCUACAUCAAGACUCAGGCCAAAGGUCACCUUCCUGACGUGGAGACUCUAAACAAGGAGUCACUGAUGUUUGACUUGGAGGAUGAGAUCAUGCCAGCCAAGUUUGAGGAGGAGUCUCUUAUCUGGGUCGCGGCCGAUCAGCCUCUCAAGGACAACAGUUUCCUCAGCACUAAAAUCCUGGACCUCUGUGGAGACCUGCCCAUCUUCUGGCUCCGUCCCACCUACCCCAAUGGUGGGCAGAAGAAGAGAUCUGUGCCGAGGGCCAGACGACAGGCUGUAGAGGAGGAAGAGGAGCCGCCAUACAACCCAGAGAACCCUUACCAUCGUCUUGAGGGAGAUGAAGGCACCAUGACUUUCGACCCCAUGCUGGACCACACUGGCGUAUGCUGCACCGAAUGCCGUCGGAGCUACACUCAGUGCCAGCGCAUCUGCGAGCCUCUGGGCGGCUACCAACCAUGGCCGUACCACUACCAAGGCUGCAGGGUGGCCUGCCGGGCGAUCAUGCCAUGCCGCUGGUGGGUGGCUCGCAUCCUGGGCAUCGUCUAAGGCCUUUACGGUGAAGUGCCCUUCAAAGAAAGGCAGCUGGUGGAAACUUCAGCUUUUAGUGGGAUGAUAUUUAAGUUCAAGAGUUGAACUGUGUCACACGGGUAUUCCGCACAAAUCGAGUUUAACAAACGUGCAGUAUCUGUAAGAUGCCAGUUUAUAUUCAGUUUUGGGGAAAAAAAAUCUAAUUAGGUUUCAGCUUGACAGGACAGUUUGCUCAGCAUCUAAGAUGAAUAUGAAUACUGUAUAUUAAAGAGCAGGAGAUAAUCAAAAGACAACCAUGUUUUCCAUGUAGUUUAUAAAUGUGGAGAAAAGAAAAUGAUUCCUCUGUUUCCUUUUUCUUUUGAUGUAAAUACGUGUAAUAAUUUGCUAGCUUUCAGAGGGCAGAGCAGAAAGGCUUUGAACAGCACAAAGCAUAAAUGCCUGCAUGAGAUAUAUUUAAGAACAGCUUUGCAUUUUUGAAACCUGAUUUCACCUGAUUAAAAGCGUUGGUUUUCAGACUUGUGCUGCUUAUUUUAAAGUGAAUCACAAAAUCCAACCAAAGUGUAAUAAUAAUAAAGGUCUUUUUCUAUA